AAAUUAUGCAAGUACUGAUUUACAUUUUCGAAUUGCGAAAGGCAUCAUUCUGUCAAAUGAAAAGUAUUCGUCAUCUUGUUUUAAACAACCAAAUGUGAAAGAAAUGUCCUAGCUCACACUACAGCGGCUAAUUUUGUUUGCCGACUUCAAGAUAUCUUGAUGGCUGAUUACUUGAAGUCCGCAUUCAAUUAUUUUGCUACUUCAAAUACCAACAAGAAUGAGAAUGAAAUCCUUGGAAGUAGUAUAUCUGUUGGACAGUUAAAUCUGAAAGUAAAGCGAGUUAUUGCUGAAGGCGGUUAUGGAAUUGUGUAUGAAGCUCAGGAUGUAAAUGAAAACACUUUGUAUGCUUUAAAGCGAAUGCUUGCACACGACAAAGCUUCAGCGGAUCUGAUCAUUCAUGAAGUCCGUUUGCUGAAACAAUUAAGUGGACACCCCAAUAUCCUCAAGUUUUUCAGUGCAGCAUCUGUUGGUAGAGAGAAAGUGAAGGGUGUUGGCACUGAGUUUUUAAUACUCACAGAGUUUUGUAAAGGCGGACAGUUAAAUGAAUAUUUGCCGGCACCACGAAGUGAUACACCAUUAUCUACCAACGUUAUAUUACAAAUUUUCCAUCAAUGCUGUCGAGCUGUUCAACAUAUGCAUAGUCAGUGCCCACCUGUAAUACACCGCGACUUGAAAAUUGAAAAUCUAUUGCUUACCGAUAACUUCAUUAUUAAAUUGUGUGAUUUCGGCAGCGCAACUACAAUCACCUAUAAUCCAGACCAAUCAUGGACUGCUUUAAAACGUGGAAGUGUUCAAGAGGAGUUGGAACGUUUCACAACACCAAUGUAUCGUGCUCCAGAAAUGCUGGAUCUCUAUCAAAAUUAUCCUAUCGGUACAGGUGCUGAUAUCUGGGCCUUAGGUUGCAUACUAUUUUAUUUGACGUGUACUUAUCACCCAUUUGAAGAUUCAUCAAAACUUGCCAUACUUAAUGCAAAUUACACCAUACCAUCUUCAACCAAUCCAGAAAAUACAGCUUUCUUCAGUCUUAUCCGACAGCUACUUUUGAUUAAUCCGUCUCAGCGUCCUAACAUAAAUGAAGUUCUUGGUGAAUUAUCUGAGUUAGCUUCCAUGCGAGAAGUUCGUGUCAGUGGUUCUAUUCCCCUGUUGGAAGAAAUCGCUAAACGGCGUAAUUUAAAUGCUCCCACUCCUACGAAUCCGUCAGUCAACCGUAGCGAAUCUAAAACAAAUGAAUGUCGUCCAGGACCAAUCCAUUCAGAUGGUACUACCAUAGCGAACCAACGGGCAAAUCUGCAACCUCCAUCCAAACCGUCUAGACCUAACCCCCCUCCACCCAUAGUAAUAUCACAACAACAAGGUGCAAAUCCAACAGUCACUUUUAACGCUACUUCAGCGACGAAGACACAGACGCCUACAGUUACACAAAGUUCAAGUAACAGUCAAUCACAGAAUCAAUCGGUGAGUAAUAUGUUUGGUAUGAUUAAAGGUGGAGCUGGAAAUCUAAUCCGUAAUAUUCGAGAUGCUUCGACAAAGGUUAUUGGAUCUGUUUCUACCUCAUUGAAUACGGAACUUGAUUUCCAGUUCAUCACUUCUCGUAUAGCAGUUACGUCUUUUCCUAUUGAAAGUGGAUUUGAAGUACUUGCCAAUGUUAAUUCAAUGGAAGAAAUGCAAAAUAUGCUUGAUACACGUUUUCCAGAUGCCUACGCUGUGUAUAAUCUUAGUACACGAGCCUAUCGAUCAGAUCAUUGGUUUCAUGGUAGAGUAUCUCAUCGUGGCUUUGAAUCGCAUCGUGCUCCUUCAUUAAAAUCUUUAAUUGAAUUAUGCUUAAAUGCUAGGCUAUGGUUAACUCAGAAGCCUAACAAUAUUUGCGUAAUCCAUUGUACUGAUGGGAAAACGUUGUCUGCAAUGUUGGCGUGUUCUCUAUUAUGUUUUUGUCGGGUGUUUGAUAAUGCUUCACCUGCUAUUCAAUUGUUUGCAUCAAGGCGUGGUAAUCCAGGUUUAAAUGCAUCACAAAUCAGAUAUAUUGACUAUGUGGCUCAGUUAAGUCAUAAUCGUGUAUUUACACCGCAUCACUUCCCUUUAAAUCUUAUCAGUUUAACCAUUGCACCGGUGCCUACAUUUAAUCGAUCAAAGAAUGGAUGUCGUCCGUACGUGGAGAUAUUUGAAGGGAAAACUAUGGUGUGUUCAACUUAUACAGAUUAUGACAAUCUAAGACCAUAUGUUCUUGAAGAUGGAAAGAUUGAGAUACUGUUGAAUGGAUUGACAGUUUUGGGUGAUCUUACGGUUAUAAUUUAUCAUUGUCGAUCUUCGUUUGCCGGAAGUGGAAAGAUUAGGUCAGUAAAGAUAGCUCAGUUUCAGUUGUACACCGGAUUUGUUGAACAUAACCUCACUGAAUUAAUCUACUUUAAGUCAGAUUUGGAUCAUCUUGACAAUAGUAGCAGUUUUGCUGGUUUCACUAGUCGUUAUGCUGAGAGUUUUCAUGUCACACUGGAGUUCAUGGUCUCGCCUACUGAACGCCCAAGACAAAGUGAUAAUCUCGUGUAUCCAUGGGAAACAUUGCCUUCAGAAGACGCAUUACGACCUGAAUUAUGUGUAUCCACUUCACAAGAGUUGACCAGUAUAUUAUCUGAUUUCGGACGAUUUAAUCGUAAGCCAUCAGUUUCAACACAGAGAAAAGAUAAUUUAGAACAAAAUCAAUCCAAUUCACAACAAGAAAAAGUCAAUCCUGAGAAGUCGAUGCCAGCAUAUCAACCUACUGCUGAUAAUUCGAGUAAUAUCCAACAAGAGGCUACAGCUGAUGACGACCUAUUAGUACCAGACUUAAUUAAGGAUAACCAAGUCAAACCUACAGAUCCAUCUACUUCGCCUAAUCAUUCCCAUAAACCAUCUGUUCAUAAUAAUAACAACGUUCAAUUUUUCAAGGAUGAAUCCUCUGACAAUACCACUUCAUUGUUGUCAGAAGAUCGACCUAACUUUGAGUCGGAUUUUGUGGACCUACUGGGAUUGCAUACAGAAUCUUCUGUACCAUCCAACGUAGACAGUGUUGGCGAUCCAGUUCUAAUUGAUGUGACACAAAAUCCUUUUGUAACUAACAAUGAAAAUGCUGGAGACAGUGUCGGCACACCAAAGAAUCAGAAUGGUAUAAAUGAAAGGAAAACAGAUAAACAAUUGUUUGUUGACGAUUUAUUCACUUUUUCUCCAACUGUUGAUGAUAAUCCAAAUAUUGAUCUUGUUUGGGAGGAGGCUUUAAGAAAGCCGUCAGAAAAUCCUUCUACUACUCACAGUGGUAGUGGUGGUGCAGCUGCUAGUGGCUCAUCUAAUAAUCCUUUCGAUCCUUUUGGAAUAGCUACAUCUGAAUUGGAAUCUGAUUUCUUCUCGACAUCAAGUUUUCAUAAUCCUUCUACACAAAGUAAAAGUAAUUCAACUAAUGACUGUUUUGAACAAACAACUAGUCAUUUAAGUGGAAGUGCAAGUGCUAGUAAUCUGAAUCCACCUAAUAUCAAUCCAUUGUUCUCAUCAACUUCUUAUUCUAACUUGGCACCAAAUACUGAAACUUCAGAUAAUACUGCCGCUGGAGCUACCGGUAGUCGUCAUAGCCUUGAUCCGUUCGCAGAUUUUGCUGAUGUACUUCGCAAUGGGUUAAAUAAUCGAAAUCCUCCUGCUGCCACUGCUACCAGUAGUAGUGCGAAUGCCAAGCAACCACCGACGACAAUGGGUGGUUUUUCUGCUGGUCCUAGUCCAGUGCAUCAUCCCAGAUCUGGCAUUGACCCGAAAUUUACAAACUCAUCAACAAAAUCAGAUGCUAACCAAAAAGACAAUACUACUAACACUGGUUAUACUCAUGAGAAGUCCAGCCAAGCUCAUACUUCGUGGUCAGGUUUUACAAAUACCUCAACAUCCUCAUUUCCAAGUGCUGGGACGGGAGCUAGACCUCAAGUUAACAAAGAUGCUUUUUCUGAUCUACUCGGUGGAUUUGGUUCUUCUCGAACAACUAAUGCAGAUGAUAAACAACCAAAAACAGUCAAUCAAAUUCGUCGUGAAAAGAUGGCUAAAACCACUGAUCCAGAACAGUUGAAAGUUUUUGACUGGGCUGAAGGUAAAGACCGCAAUCUUAGAGCGUUAUUAUGUUCCCUUCCUACAAUAUUAUGGGAUGGAGUACGUUGGAAUCAUGUGGGUAUGGCUGAUCUUAUAACCCGUGAUCAAGUUAAACGUCAGUAUCGGAAUGCUGCGCGUGCAGUUCAUCCUGACAAGUGGAUGGGUACAUCUUAUGAGAAUAUGGCCCGCUUGGUAUUUGUUGAACUCAAUGAUGCUAUGGCUGAAUUCGAAAAGGAUGCUAAUAAUAAUUCCUCGACAAAUAUGAAUUUAUGAUCUUUAGAUGACUGCAUAUAUAUCUUUGUUUUCCUCUUUUCGGUCACUCACUCAUUGGUUUUGUCUCUCUCUCUCUCUCUCUGUUUAUUAUUCUCCAACAAAUAAGUUGUAAUAGAAUUUAACACACUGUGAUAUCAUUCCACAUCACUGAUGACUCUUUUCUGUCAACAUGCAUAUUUCUCUAUUUUAUAAAUUAUGUCUCUUCAUACUAAUGCGACUGUCUACUUUCGCCACCUUCCCCCCCCCUCCAGAAUAUAUAUAUAUAUCUGUGAUGAUAUAGGACUGAUUAUAUGAAAAAAAACUAUUUUUGUGACUGUUGACUCAGAAAAAUAGAAGCCUUUCUUCCUCACCACCACAUUAUCUAUCGGCUUUCUUCUUUUGUCUCCCCCCUCCCUUCUUCUUCUUCUUCGAUCAUGAAUUCUUACUGACAUGAGAUUUUUCGCUCCUGGUUCUUUCGCGCAUCGUUUGUAAUAUAAAAAUGGUUAUAUUCAAAGCAUCAUACCUGGUUUUAUCCUAACCUUGUUACUCUGUCAUUGUUAUUAUUAUUAUUAUUAUCAUCAUCAUCAUCACAGUCGUCUGUACAACAGUCAUCAUAAUCCACAUGUGUUGCAGUUGAUAAUAAUAAUAAUAAUAAUAUUCAUGUCUGUAUAAGCUGUGCAAUAUACAAGCGCCUGCUGAACAACAUAUUCACCAACGCAAAUAAAAAGAAACAACACUUUACAACAAUCAAUCAAGUGAAACCUCUGUAUGCAAGGGAGAAAGUAACGCCUGUGAAUUGAAAUUUUAUCCUUCGGUCGAUUUUUGGCCUAUAUCUAAUUGUUCAACUAGUUAAGGUUUUCUCUUCAUUAAAGUGUAUAUAAAAAUGGUAUGAAUGAUGUAUUUAUUAUUACUCUGUCAUUAUUAUUAAUAUUAUUAUUCUUAUGAUUACCACUCAUAUUACUAUCAACACUUCAGUAUGGUUAUUUAUCACUUCUUUAACCUACCAGUUAGUUUUUCAGUUGAAAAUUUUUUCUCUUUGUUUAUUUUUGUUCUUGUUGUUGUUGUUUUCGUCAUUGUCAGGUAGUUCUCACGAACUCCUGAACUUAUUAUCCUGUAUAAUACAUUUCUGAUGCAUAUAUAUAAAUAUAUAUAUAUAUUUCCCAGUUAACUGAAAAGUAACUUGAUGCCUUUCUGUCG